ACCUUAUUUAGGUUAGUAAGGUCGAUAGUCGCGUCGAUAACGGGAAAAAUCGGUUUGUGUUUCUUUGCAAUCUGGUUCCCCUCCAGAUUUUUCUACAAAUGGAUUCUUUACAGCCUUACAUUGAGGCAACCAUAGAUUUCGAGGGCCAGAAGCUAGCUGAGAAAAUAUACUUGACAUUGCUCACAACAGGAACUGUCUUGAGCUUGAUAAUUGGCUUUUCAGCGCAAAAUCUUUCUCUUACAAUAUACGUGUUUCUAUUAACUAUCGUGUCCACUUUGAUUAUUGUUCUUCCUCCUUAUUCCUUUUACAGAAAACACCCAAUCACUUGGCUUGCGCCUGAAAAAGUUGACGUUUCCUAUUAGAUAUGUCGUUGUUUCUUGGUUUUGAUCUAUCAACUCAACAAUUGAAAGUGAUUUCAAUCUAUUCAGACUUGAAACAUCACAAAACAUACAGGGUCGAUUUUGACGAGGAACUUUCGAAAUACGGCAUCCGAAAAGGCGUUCUCACCAAUGAAAGUGCCGGCGAGAUUUUUGCCCCAGUUGAGAUGUGGGUCGAGGCCUUAGAGCUGUGCUUUGAGAAGAUGAAAAAAGACAACUUUCCGUUCAAGGAUGUGCAAGCUAUGAGCGGCUCAUGUCAACAACACGGUUCCGUUUAUUGGUCGAAACGUGCACCAGAACUGCUCGGAUCGCUGUCGGCUGAAAAAUCCUUAAAGGAGCAGCUCUGUCCUGAAGCAUUCACAUUCCAAACGUCUCCAAAUUGGCAAGAUCAUUCUACCGGUCCAGAAUUGAAAAUUUUCGAAGAUGCAGUCGGGGGUUGUCACAGAUUAGCCCAGAUCACGGGCUCCAGGGCUCAUUACCGUUUUACCGGUACUCAAAUCAGAAAACUUGCAAGCAGGGUCGACCCAAAAACUUACCAUGAGACGUACCGGAUAUCACUUAUUUCAAGCUUCUUGAGCUCUUUGCUAUGCGGCAAGCUAACCUACAUUGAAGAAAGCGAUGGAUGCGGCAUGAAUUUGUAUGAUAUCUCGAAAGGAGAAUACAAUGAAGAGUUGCUGGCGGUGGCUGCCGGAGUUCAUCCGAAGAUAGACAACAGCUCUGAGUCGGAAACCAAAAAAGGUGUUGAGGAGUUGAAGCAGAAAUUGGGUCCUCUCGAACCCGUUGGCUACAGAAACAUUGGCCACGUCAGUAACUACUUUGUUGAGAAAUUUGGCUUUUCUGCCUCUUGUAAGGUUUACUCGUUUACCGGAGACAACCUUGCAACUAUCCUUGCUCUACCUCUCGGACCAAACGACACUCUGAUCUCUAUGGGAACCUCUACCACGGCUCUUCUAGUCACCAAUGCCUACAAACCUUCUGAGAAUUACCACAUGUUCAAACAUCCUACUCUGGAAGGUCAUUACAUGGGCAUGCUGUGCUACUGUAAUGGUGCCUUAGCUAGAGAGAAUGUGAGGGAUAAAAUCAACGAAAAAUAUAAUCAGCCCAAGAACUCUUGGGAGAAGUUUAACUCCAUCUUAGACAAUUCUGUUCCGCUGAACGGGAAGUAUGAGCUAGGAAUAUAUUUUCCUUUAGGCGAGAUUAUUCCAAAUGCCAAACCCUGCGAGCGCCGGUUCAGAUUUGAUCCAGAAAGGAAAGAGUUACUGGAAGUGGAGUCCUGGUCGUUGGAAGAGGACGUCAACAGUAUCAUCGAGUCUCAGGCUUUGUCCUGCAGACUCAGAAUGGGACCAUUGCUUGCUUCAACCUCAUCUCACAAGUUGGAGGACAAACAUGGAGUUUUGCCCAAGCUAGCAAAAUAUGGCCAAAUCCAGUCAGACGGUACUAAACACUCGACUGACGCUCUGCUUUGUCGCCCCAGUAAAGUAUUUUACGUUGGCGGUUCCUCAAAAAAUAAAUCAAUUGUCUCCAAGUAUUGCGACAUUUUGGGACCCGAAGACGGAAACUAUAAGAUUGACUUGAGCGAUGCAUGCGCUUUGGGUGGCUGCUUCAAAGCACUAUGGUCUUUUGCCACCGAGUCCGGAUCCGUGAAGGAAGAUUACAACAAAUGGCUCUCCGAUAAUUUCCAUUGGGAUGACGUUGAGAAGCUUGGAAAUGCCACUCACUGGGACGACUAUGUUGACGGAAUUGGCAUUCUGAGCUUGGCGGAGCAAAAAUUAGAGUCUUAAGUUGAUAUAUAUAAUGAAUCGACGAAUACUACAUAGUUGGCUUGCGGUUGCCUCUCUUGGUCUUAUAAUCCUUGAUUGCGCUCUUGAUUGCAUCUUCAGCCAACAUGGAGCAAUGCAACUUCACUGGAGGAAGAGAAAGCUCUUUUGCAAUCAUUGUGUUCUUGAUGUUGGCAGCCUCUUCAAGAGUCAUGCCCUUCACCAGUUCUGUGGCAAAGGACGAGGAUGCAAUGGCAGAACCGCAGCCAAACGUCUUGAACUUAACGUCUUCAAUCACUCCGGUCUCAUCAUUAACUUUGAUCUGCAACCUCAUCACAUCUCCGCAAGCAGGAGCACCGACGAGCCCGGUUCCGACAUUUUUAAGAUUUUUAUCCAUCGUUCCGACAUUUCUUGGGUUCUGGUAAUGGUCGAUCACCUUUGGAUGAUAAAGUCUCCUGCUUGAAAUGUUGGCAAGAGCCACUCUGGACUUGACACCUUGUCUCAAUAAAUUGCGGGCAAACAUUUAGAAGUCU